AUGGAAGAGGCCAUCCUACUCAAUCAAACUUCUUUAGUGACAUAUUUUCGGCUUAGAGGUUUAUCUGUAAAUCAGAAGGCACGGAUAGCUAUGUUUUCCAUGUUCCUCAUUUUGUAUGUCCUGACACUGAUUGGGAAUGUUCUCAUUGUCAUAACUAUUAUCUAUGACCACCGGCUCCGUACUCCCAUGUAUUUCUUCCUCAGCAACCUGUCCUUUAUUGAUGUCUGCCACUCCACUGUCACUGUCCCCAAGAUGCUGAGAGACAUGUGGUCAGAGGAAAAGCUCAUCUCUUUUGAUGCCUGUGUGACCCAGAUGUUCUUCCUGCACCUCUUUGCCUGCACAGAGAUCUUCCUCCUCACCGUCAUGGCCUAUGAUCGGUAUGUGGCCAUCUGUAAACCCCUGCAGUACAUGAUAGUGAUGAACUGGAAGGUAUGUGUGCUGCUGGCUGUGGCCCUCUGGACAGGAGGGACCAUCCACUCCAUAGCCCUCACCUCCCUUACCAUCAAGCUGCCCUACUGUGGUCCUGAUGAGAUUGACAACUUCUUCUGUGAUGUACCUCAGGUGAUCAAGCUGGCCUGCAUUGACACCCACGUCAUUGAGAUCCUCAUUGUCUCCAACAGUGGAUUGAUCUCCGUGGUCUGUUUUGUGGUCCUGGUGGUGUCCUACGCAGUCAUCCUGGUGAGUCUGAGGCAGCAGAUCUCCAAGGGCAAGCGGAAGGCCCUGUCCACCUGUGCAGCCCAUCUCACUGUAGUUACACUGUUCCUGGGACACUGCAUCUUCAUCUAUUCCCGCCCAUCCACCAGCCUCCCAGAGGACAAGGUAGUAUCUGUGUUUUUCACUGCAGUCACCCCCCUGCUGAACCCCGUUAUCUAUACCCUUAGGAAUGAAGAAAUGAAGAGUGCCUUAAACAAGUUAGUGGGGAGAAAAGAGAGGAAAGAAGAAAAAUGA